UCCAUAUCACCUGUCUUUAUAUCUCUACUAAACAAAAUCUUGAUAGAAACAAAAUGGAAGAUACUAAAAAACAAUUAGUAGAUGAAGAAGCGAAAGCUUCCCUAGACAUAUGGAGGUAUGUCUUUGGGUUUGCAGACAUCGCAGCUGCAAAGUGUGCCAUUGAUCUUAACAUACCAGAAGCCAUUGAAAACCAUCCUUCGUCACAUCCCGUGACACUAGCUGAACUCUCCUCCGCCGUCUCCGCCUCUCCCUCACAUCUCCGCCGUAUAAUGAGGUUUCUUGUGCACCAAGGACUCUUCAAAGAAGUUGCCACAAAAGAUGGUUUAGCCACUGGCUACACUAACACGCCACUCUCUCGCCGUAUGAUGAUCACAAAGCGUGACGGCAAGUCGCUGGCUCCUUUUGUUCUCUUCGAAACAAGACCCGAGAUGCUCGCCCCAUGGUUGAGACUGAGCUCAGUCGUGCCUUCUCCGGUCAACGGUUCAACUCCACCACCGUUUGAUGCAGUGCACGGUAAGGACGUGUGGUCGUUCGCGCAGGGUAACCCGGGCCUUAGCGAUCUGAUCAAUGAGGCCAUGGCUUGUGAUACAAGGCGAGUGGUGCCACGUGUAGCCGGAGCUUGUCACGGCUUGUUAGACGACGUGGAUACAGUGGUUGACGUAGGAGGUGGUACCGGAGAAACGUUGGGUAUACUUGUAAAGGAGUUUCCUUGGAUCAAAGGAUUUAACUUUGAUCUUCCUCAUGUUAUUGGAGUUGCUCAAAAUUUGGAUGGUGUUACUAAUGUUGAGGGUGAUAUGUUUGAUUCUGUUCCCGCAUGCGACGCUGUCUUCAUCAAGUGGGUGUUACACGAUUGGGGAGACAAAGAUUGCAUCAAGAUAUUGAAGAAUUGCAAAGAAGCUGUCCCACCAAUUGUCGGGAAAGUGUUGAUAGUGGAAGCUGUGAUCGGAGAGAAUAAAAAGACAAUGAUAGUGAACGAAAGAGAUGAGAAGUUAGAGCACGUGAGAUUGAUGCUUGAUAUGGUGAUGAUGGCUCACACAAGCACAGGCAAAGAAAGGACUUUGAAAGAGUGGGACUUUGUUCUUACAGAAGCUGGCUUUGCUCGAUAUGAGGUUAGGGACAUUGAUGAUGUCCAGUGUCUCAUCAUCGCGUAUCGGUCUUAAUGUUGAUGAUAUGAAAGAUUGCAUCUCACAUCUUUCCUUUGGAAAAAAACUCAAUAAAUUUGUGAUUAUUGGCUUAGCUUUGGUUUAACGUGAGAAAUGAUAACGACGUGUGAAUAAUCGACUUGUGUAAGAAUAAUUAUGGCUUGUUUCAGUACCAGCCGUGUUGUUUUGUUAUUUGUAUCUUCCAUUCCACACGUUUUUUUAAAUUAAUUAUCUCGUCGAGUGUACGAAUUUGCACCUA